GGGAGUUUUCUGAGUACAACGGACAACGACUCCAACGCUACCUUCCGUGUACUCUCUGAGGUUGACGCGCGUACAAGCUACUCCAACAACGGUGGUUUCAGCAUCUCAAGCACUCGUGCCAGCACGAAGGAGACCUCCGGUGUGCCAUUUAACCAUGAAGAUUCUGGCACGACCAGUGAGCUGAUGACCAUGUCGUCCGGAUGGAAGACUACUCCGCGAUUUUCAACCACGGACUCGAAACUGCAACAACAACAACAACAACAGCACGCAGCGUCUUGCCUAAAGUCAUCAGCGCGUGGGUCAGUCAAGAUGGAUCUACCAGAAUUAGUUGCUGGUUUGCCGGCCUCGCCACAGUCGCAGUACCACCAGAAACCUCGAAAUGCACAGCUCAAGCGUCUGAAGAAAGGACAUGAGCAUGAGACUCAAGGAGAUAAAGUGGAAGAAAGAGAAGAUAACGACGUAGAAGACGAGGAAGAGGUGGAGGAAAGCGCGAGGAACAAACGUUACUCCUCACCUACAUUUAGUUCUCCUCAACCAAUCAAUGAGACCUUCAAAUUCGCGCGAUGCAAGAUGUUGGCCGGGUCACCAGCACAAGAAGAGAACAGUUCGAAGAUGGGCUUAAUGAGGACUUCCCUUUCAAGGGCCGCCUUUAGAGAUGAAUAUGAAAAUUUAGAGGUUAGUUUCUGGAAGCGUUUUACUACCUUCCUCUAG